AACAGGAUACAGGCAUACAACUCCUAUUUUGCUGGGAGUAUAAUUUUGUCUAGACAACCCAUGUAAUGGCUUAGUAUAGAUAAUGUACUCUACGAAAGUGUUGUCUGGAGAGACAUAAAAUACGUUUAUAUGUUCUUUUUCAGUAUUUGUCUUCAACUACUUAAAGGCGACUUCUUGGCAGAAGCUGUUGCGGGAAAACUACAAACGGAAUCGCUGAUUAAUGAUUUUUCAGCAAAAUCUUAUAACUUUUAAGAAUAUUUAGCCAGGCGCGGAAUGCUCCUAAUGCAAAGCCGUAUUACCACAGACAAGUAAAUAUCGUUGUAUUAAUCCUACAUAAUUUACCAUGAGGAUUUUUCUUGGUAUAAAAGAGUGAUCGAAACAGUUUGUGUUGUCUAACCGCACGCAAUGGGCCUAAAUAGGCCUAUAUAUGUUAAGUAACGAGCUGUGCGGGGUGAGCGCGCUUCGAUAAUCGCCUACAUGCGCACCGGAAAACACCGCAAUUGAUUAACUCACCUACAAAUGCGCAACUUUAUGCUUUGAGACGUUAAGUAACUUAUGGUGAGACUUGUACUGGAGUGCGAUGGGGGAACUCGAUAGAGAGCUGUUGAGCCUGUGUCUUCAAAAAACCUGCGAUGAACUCGAGAUUAUUCAGAUUGUGGUGAACUACGAAGACGUCAGGAAGAAGUGGCUACAGGCCGAGCUGGAGCUCAAGAGGCACAAGGAACUGCUGGUCAAAGCGGAUGUGGCCCGUGCUUCACUGGAGGUGAAGCUGAAGCAUGCCAGGAACCAGGUGGACGUGGAAAUCAAAAAGCGCUACAAAGCUGAAGCAGACUAUCAGUAUUUGAGGCAGAUGCAGUUGAUUUGUGAGAUACUGGUCAACGACAGCAAGUCGAGCGCUUGUUUGAAUGACGAACAGCGAUCCGUGCUAGCUAACAUCAAUCACCGGGGAGCACAGCUACCUCUUCAGAAGACUAAGCGGUUAUCACUUAUCGAUGAAUCUUCCUUCCUGUUCCACUCGGAUGUCAGUUAUGACCGAAGUGACGAUGACCUGGAUCUGGACACCUCCGUGAUUAAACCCCAUAAGUCCAGAGUACGGGAGAAAAGGCGGUCAUCCAUGGGGCCAAGCGUUGGCCCUCCUGUCCAGAGACGUGGGCGAGGCAGUGGACGAUCCGGAGACCUGCUCGCUGGACGGAUAACGGAGAGGGAAAUCGAGACCACUGUGACAGCAUCAGUUACUACACCUGAGAAUGGAGCUCAGAUCCACAUGGUUAUAGACAUCACCCAGGACAAGGCUGAGGCCUCCAAGACUCUACAGCACUUCCCCCAAGCGGCCGAGCAAACAUCGGUUUGGGCUGCCGCUGACGAGCCGAGUGCUGAGAGCGAGACGGCUGAAGUGGGUUGCGAAGAGAAAGACGUCAAUCCGCAUCAGGGCUUUACUCCCACUGCCGGCAAAGUCGUACAGCAUGUCUUUCUGUCCAAAACGGUUAUCCGACCUGAAAUGUGUGCAGCGUGUGGGAAGCGGAUCCGCUUUGGGAAGGUGGCUUUGAAAUGCCGGGACUGCCGAGUGGUGGUCCAUUCGGAGUGUAAGCACCUCUGUCCCGAGGCCUGCUCCCUCACAGUCCCGGGACCCAUCCACAAAUCCCCUGAGGAUGUCUUGGAGAGUUUUGCUCCUCCCACCCAUCCUCGGAUUCCUCAACUAAUCGUGCAGUGCGUCGACGAAAUAGAAAAGCGAGGACUGGAAGAGAGGGGAAUUUACCGCGUUCCUGGAGGUGAGCGCCUGGUGAAGGAGCUGAGAGAGAAGUACCUCCUUGGGAAAGGGCCACUCAUGCUGAGUAAGGUGGACGAGAUCCAUACAGUUUGCGGCCUCCUCAAGGACUUCCUGAGGAAACUUAAAGAACCCCUGGUUACCUUCAAGCUACACCAGAUGUUCAUAGAUGCCUGUGACAUUGACAACGAGGACAACAGCACCGCGGCCAUAUUCCAGGCUGUCGGGGAGCUACCGCAGGCUAACAGGGACACGCUAGCCUUUCUCAUGCUCCACCUGCAGAAAGUAAUGCGGAGCCCUAAGUGUCAGAUGGAUCUGAAUAACUUGUCCCGCGUAUUUGGACCCACCAUUGUCGGUCAUGGCACGAUGGAACCUUCCCCACGGACUAUCAUGAAAGACACAAAUGCACAGUCUAAAGUGGUGGCCCGAUUGCUGUCUCUACCCACGGAUUAUUGGAAGCGGCUUGUGAUGGUCGAGAGGGACCAGAUCAUCUCGUCGGUGAUUGAUGCUAACCUCAAUAGCGAUACGAACAACACAGACAGAGACCGCCUGUUCAGACCCCUCACCUCUCCAGAGCUGAGCAAAUGCCAUAAGACUCUUGGCAGUGGGGCCCUCAGGGGCAAAUUCAAGAACCUAGGCACUGCCUUCAAUAACACAAACAAGAGCAAGAUGGACAUAAGCAAGAGAAAAUUCUUUACAUCGCCAAGCUAAUUUCUUAUAGUCUAGUUUCAGGAGACUUAAUUACUAUAUGAUUAUAUUGUUUACUAUAUAUAAUUAAUAUAUGAUUAUAUUGUUUACUAUUACUGUGGGGAAAAAAAAGUGGAUGAAGAUGUUUUAAUUGUGUAGAAUUGAGUAUUUGGGAAAUGGAGGUAAUGUCAGUUUCUGAAUAUUAUUUGGGACCAUUGCGUAACAGGUUGAAUAACAGCAGUUAAAUGUAGCCCACAUGAAGAUUAAAUAGCAGAGUUGCAUUUGUAACUAGAUUUUGACACAAAGUCCUCUAAACAGUCAUAUUUGACAGUAGGAAAGCACUAAUUUGAUAUAAAGCACUUUGAGAUGAAAAUAAAUGAAUAAAAUACAUGAAUAUGUUUCUGUCUUGCACAUGGCAGCUUUGGAUUAAUUAACUUCACAAUGAUGGUUUGGUGAUGAUGCUGUCAGAAUUCACACUAAUGGAGUGUGUGGGAGAUUUAAUGCAGCAUUAUGGAAUCCUGGGUAUCAGUCAGGACGUUUGCACAAGCUACUGUCUAAAACGAAUGUUCAUAAUAAAC